AUGGACAGACGUAGUAACCCUUUUCACCACCACCACCACCAUCAGCUUCAUCACUUGAUCCAACAGCAACAGCUUCCUCCAUCGCCGCAGAGCACGACGGCAGCGAUGGAUCUCGGUGGUGGAGGAGGAGAGAGAAUCCCUCAGUGGAGCAUAGAUGAGACAAAGGAACUUUUGGGUAUAAGAGAAGAGCUUGAUCAAACUUUCAUGGAAACCAAACGCAAUAAGCUACUUUGGGAAGUCGUCGCCUCUAAAAUGGCCGACAAGGGUUUUGCUCGGAGCGCAGAACAGUGUAAGAGCAAGUGGAAGAACCUCGUCACUAGAUACAAGGUUACCUUCAACUAUCUAUCUAUUAAGUAUUAA